AUGUCCAACAAUAUCAAUCUGCAGAGAUCCAUGGAAGAGAUCGAUAGAGCUCAAACUAUUCCCGAGAAAAUCGCUAUAAUCCAGGGUUACUUGAAGAAACUCGAAGAUGGAAAGAAGGAGAGGGCCGAGUGGAGAAAACAGCUUGAAGAAAAGGCGAAUCGUCUUCAAGAACAGAGGAAUGCACUCAAAGAUCAGAGAAAGGCAAUCGAGGACGAGAAGAAACAAAUCGAGGAUCUGAAGAAAUCAGACAUGGACGAUGAUCAGAAGAAAGCAAUCGCAGCCCAGUUGAAAGCAGUGGAGGAUCGUGAGAAACUACUACAGAGUCAAGAGAAUGCAACUGAGGAUCAGGUUAAAGAAGUCGAGAUACAGAAGAAACAUGCGGAAGAUGUUGAUCCAGCACAAGAUGCAGACACCAUUCUGCUCUCGACCACACUUCAAAAUUUGGUUGACUCUUCCGCUCCGCUCCCACCACCGGAAAUCCAUAUCAUUAAGGGUCACCGUUUUGGGUUUGGAACACUGCCGGACCCCGGACAAGUACCUCCUUCAGCUUCUUUCAUGUCUAAUUUGAACCACGAAGAACAACUACGGAUUGCAAACGAAAAGAUAGCAAUAGCUGAUGAGAAGAUAUGCUAG